GUGGUUGAUAGUUGGCCUAUAAAUAUAGAUUUACCGUUUCAACUUUACAGGUUUAGAAAUUUGCGAAAGGUUUUUCAUAUUUUCCAAGAAGAAGAAGCGAAGAAGAAAGAAAUGGCUCGUACUAAGCAAACUGCUCGUAAGUCAACUGGAGGAAAGGCACCAAGGAAGCAGCUGGCUACCAAGGCUGCACGUAAGUCUGCACCAACUACUGGAGGAGUUAAGAAGCCCCACAGAUACCGUCCUGGAACUGUUGCUCUUCGUGAAAUCCGUAAGUACCAGAAGAGUACUGAAUUGCUGAUCAGGAAACUUCCAUUCCAGAGACUUGUUCGUGAAAUUGCCCAGGACUUCAAGACUGAUUUGCGUUUCCAGAGUCACGCUGUGUUGGCAUUGCAAGAAGCAGCUGAAGCCUACUUGGUUGGUUUGUUUGAGGACACUAACUUGUGUGCCAUCCACGCAAAGCGUGUCACUAUCAUGCCCAAGGAUAUUCAGCUUGCUAGGAGGAUCAGAGGAGAAAGGGCUUGAUCAACCAGUGCUGAUGAUGGUGUCUGGGAGGAGGAUGUGUUUAGUAUGUGGUGUCAGUUUAUUAUACAUGUUUUUUCUUUUGGGUUGUGUUUUCUGGAAGUGUGCUAGUACCGAGGAAGAAGAUCAUGAACCUAUAUGACUAUUAUGUUAGGUGUUAUUUUGCUGUGGUUCUACACCACUAGUAGAACUUGAAUGACUAUUAUGUAAGGUUUUAUUUUCCAGUGCUUCCACACCAUUACUAGUGUACAGCUGCUGUUGAGAUUGAGAAGCCUGGGUUUCUUUAUCUUGGUGGUCGUGGUUUUGCUAGUCUCUUGUGCAGCGGUUUGAAGUUUGAACCUUUGUUUCUUAAUAUAAUUCUGUUUGUUAAAUGAUGGUA